UAAUUUAGGGUGGAAAACGUAAAUACAUAAAAUUAAAGGAUACCUAAAGUCUAAACUAGCUUAAUGGGCCGUAACGCUAAACAACAGUGGGCCUAACGUACUAAACAGUAUGGUGUUUUAUUGAAAGGCGUGUGCAAACCUUGCCGUUUACUAGAAGUUUAUUACAGUGUAAAACUAAAAAACCUUCUCUUGUUCUAUUCAGACUAAAACCCCCAGUGAAAAACUCCGAUCCGACGUCAAAUGGCGUCUGCUCUUUGUAGAACAGCAAGCCGUCUUCGUUCCGUUCACCGACUUCGCGCCUCAAGCGGUCUACAAUCUCCUCCCUGCAUCUCCGACGCGCUUCGUCAUGGAGAUUCCUCUCUUCCUCGCCCUGUUCGACAAUUAUUUUCACUUAGCUGUGGAGUCGAGCGAUUCAAAAUGGAUCAGAGAUGUUUGCUGAGCACUUCCGCUUCCGAUACAACCUCUAAGCUUCCUAAAUCUAACCACCCGGAAACAAAAUCCGGAGGAUCCGAUCAGAAAAACGAACGAGCUUUCGGAAAAGACGUUCGCGGAGCGCCGGUUUCGUGGAUGAGCUUCUUCUUGCUGUUUGCUACUGGUGCUGGACUGGUCUACUAUUAUGAUCGGGAGAAGAAACGUCAUAUCCAAGAUAUAAAUACCAAUUCUAUAGCCGUGAAGGAAGGACCAUCUGCUGGAAAAGCAGCCAUUGGAGGACCAUUCAGUCUUGUAAGAGACGAUGGGAAACGUGUUACGGAGAAAGACCUGAUGGGGAAAUGGACCGUCUUAUAUUUUGGGUUCACUCAUUGUCCUGAUAUCUGUCCUGACGAGCUUAUUAAGUUGUCUGCUGCCAUUGACAAAAUCAGUGAGUCUGGAGUAGAUGUGGUUCCAGUGUUUAUCUCUGUGGAUCCUGAAAGAGACACAGUUGAGCAAGUACAUGAAUAUGUCAAAGAGUUUCAUCCGAAACUGGUUGGGUUAACCGGGAGCCCUGAAGAAAUCAAAUCGGUGGCCCGUUCUUACAGGGUGUACUACAUGAAGACAGAAGAGGAAGAUUCAGACUAUCUCGUUGAUCACUCUAUAGUCAUGUACCUGAUGAGUCCGGAGAUGAGUUUUGUGAAAUUUUACGGGAAGAAUCAUGAUGUUGACUCGUUGACCGACGGCGUUGUAAAAGAGAUUCGACAGUACCGCAAGUGAAGAGUCUUCUAAGCACACAUUUGAGGGGGGAAAAGUGAUUAGUUACCAUUUUGGAUUUGUUGGUGAUCAUUAAUACAAGAAUUUCUCAGUGCAUGAAAAUGUGAUUAAGCUAUUUAAUAAAAUUUGAUAUAGCCACCAACAUAUGGCCUUUUAGUUGCCUAAAA